AUGAAGGAAGCCCAAGACAGACAAAAGUCAUACGCUGACGUCCGACGGACCGACUUACAAUUUCAAGCCGACGAUAAAGUAUCCCCGUCGAAAUGGAUAACGCGUUUUGGUGUUAAAGGAAAGUUGAAACUGCGUUUUAUCGGACCUUAUGAAAUUCUUGAAGAAGUAGGACUCGUAGCCUAUCGAUUGGCGCUACCGCCAAGCCUUGGGAACGUGCACAACGUCUUUCAUGUGUCGCAGUUGCAGAAAUACGUGUUCGACCCGAAGCACGUGAUUCACUACGAAGAAGUUGCCUUGAAUCCAAACUUGAGCUACGAGGAGCGACCCCAGAGAUCUUGGACCGUAAGGGGUUCAAAUCUUGAGGAACAAAUCUAUUACCUCUAUGAAAAUACUGUGGAGAAAUCACGGGCACGAAGAAGCCACGUGGGAGCUUGA